AUGACGAGCCACCAAGGCAUAAUCUCUUUUGCCAUUAUCGGCACCGGUCUGAUUGGUCCGAGACAUGCUAGGACAGUCGUUCAGAGCCCCGAUGCAGAGCUUGUUGCAGUGGUCGAUCCCGCGCCCGCUGGGGCUCAACUAGCAGCUGAGUUGAAUGUAGCACACUUCACAUCAGUCAGCGACCUUUUGCAAUCGGUACAUGUGCCUCAAGCUGCAAUCGUUUGCACCCCAAACCACACGCACGUCGCCGUUUCGAAACAGCUUUCCUCGGGAGGCGUCCAUGUGCUCGUCGAAAAGCCCAUCAGCUCUGAUAUCCCGAGUGGCACCGAGCUACUGAGUCAUCUCCAAACCACUGAGGUCAAGACACUCGUGGGCCAUCAUCGACGUUUCAAUCCCUAUAUCAUCAGUACAAAAAAGGUACUCGAUUCGGGAGCUCUAGGCAAGAUCAUAGCCAUUAACGGACUCUGGACCACCUACAAGCCGGGCGAUUACUUCGAGGCUCCCACCGAAUGGAGGCAGGGAAAAGAUGGAGGAGUUGUCUUGAUCAAUGCAAUCCACGAAAUCGACCUGCUUCAUCAUCUCUUCGGGCCGAUUACAAGAGUCCAUGCGGAAAAGACGACUUCGCAGAGAGGUCAUGAAGCCGAAGAAGGUGCGGCGCUCACGAUUCGAUUCAAAUCAGGCGUUGUCGGGACAUUCCUUAUCUCAGACAACGUGCCAUCACCCUACAACUUUGAGGCGGGAACAGGCGAGAACCCUCUUAUCCCCAAGACGGGACAGAACUUUUACCAGAUAUUUGGCUCCGAGGGAUCACUCAGCGUACCUGACUUGUCGAUAUGGUCAUACAAGGGCACGAAUAAGUCGUGGCAUUCGGAGAUGGCGAGAGAGAAGCUGUCGGUAGAAGAUGGGGUUCCGUUUGAGCUGCAGCUUGCGCAUUUCUGUCGUGUAAUCCAUGGCAAAGAGUCAGCUAGCUGCUCGCCGCAGGCAGGUCUUGGUGCACUGAUUGUUUGCCAAGCGAUCAAGGAUGCAUUGGAAGCAAACAGUACGAUUGACAUUCCGGACUAUGAUCUGUAG